AUGGCCGAGCAUGUUAAUGCAGUCCCUCUAUCUCAGCCACAGCAGGAAACGAAGCACCACUCAACUCUUGAAAUAACUGAUGGGGAAGAAGAGAACGAUUCACCCAUCGAAGAAGUGAGGCUGACGGUUCCGGCCACCGAUAACCCAAAUUUGCCAGUUUUAACCCUUCGUAUGUGGAUUCUGGGAAUCCUCUCAUGCGCACUUCUAGCUUUUGUCAACACAUUUUUCUCCUAUCGCCAAAACAGUCUUUGGAUUGGCGCUGUGGCCGCACAAAUUGUAACGCUCCCACUUGGGAAAUUUAUGGCAGCCACCUUUCCAGACAAAAGCAUCGGUUUGCCAUUCACAAAAUGGUCCUUCUCAUUAAACCCGGGACCUUUCAAUCUUAAAGAACAUGUUUUGAUCACCAUUUUCGCUGCUUGUGGUGCCAAUGGUGUAUAUGCUAUAAGCAUUAUCGACAUCGUCAAAGCCUUCUACCGCAGGAAGCUGAAUCCUUUGGCAGCGUUUUUGCUCUCGCAAACUACUAUGUUGCUUGGAUAUGGUUGGGCCGGAAUGCAUAGAAAUGUCCUAGUUGACUCUCCGUACAUGUGGUGGCCUGAAAAUCUAGUUCAAGUCUCGUUGUUCAGAACUUUACAUGAGAAGGAGAAGAGAUCUAGGGGAGGACUUACCAGGCUCCAAUUCUUCUUGUUGCUGUUCACAACCAGUUUCGCUUAUUACCUCGUGCCGGGCUAUUUCUUCCCCGCCAUAUCUUGCAUUUCUGUCGCCUGUUUCAUCUGGAAAAACAGUGUACUUGCCCAACAAUUAGGUUCAGGUUUGCAUGGCAUGGGAAUCGGCUCAUUCGCGUUGGACUGGAAUACCGUUGUCAGUUUCUUGAAGACUCCCAUCUCUACUCCACUCUUUGCCAUUGUCAAUACGUUAGUCGGUUUUUUCUUGUUUGUCUAUGUGGUUAUUCCAGCAGCAUAUUGGUCUAAUAUUUAUGAUGCCAAGAAAUUCCCUUUCUACUCCUCGAAGACCUUUGAUGCGACUGGCCACAAGUACAAUAUUUCCCGCAUUCUGAAUGAUGAAACAUUCACCUUUGAUUUAGCUGGGUACAACAGCUACAGCAAACUUUACAUGAGUGUAUUUUUUGCCCUUAGUUACGGGAUUAGCUUCGCAACAUUAACAGCUACAGUGUCACAUGUUGCACUAUUCUAUUCAGGGACAAUAAGGGAAUUAACAACCAAGACAGCAACAACAUUGAAAGGAAAACUGGGGGAUGUGCACACCAGACUUAUGAAGAAGAACUACAAAGCAGUUCCUAACUGGUGGUUUCACGCUAUCUUGAUUGUAGUAUUUGGACUUUCCCUUCUUACUUGCGAAGGUUUUGGCAAGCAACUCCAACUUCCCUGGUGGGGACUCAUAUUAGCAUGUGGCAUAGCCUGGUUUUUUACCUUGCCAAUUGGGAUUAUUCAAGCCACUACAAACCAGCAAGUGGGUCUAAAUGUUGUCACCGAGAUGGUCAUUGGGUAUCUAUAUCCGGGAAGACCCCUUGCAAACGUGACUUUCAAGACAUACGGCUAUGUUAGCAUGACUCAAGCCCUCACCUUCCUUAGUGAUUUUAAAGUAGGUCACUACAUGAAGGUCCCUCCCAGAUCCAUGUUUCUUGUCCAGUUAAUUGGAACCCUAGUCUCUGCAUCAGUCCAGUUUGGCACAGCUUGGUGGCUGCUCACAUCGAUCGAAAACAUCUGCAACACCUCUCUACUGCCAGAAGGAAGUCCCUGGACUUGUCCUGGUGACGAAGUAUUCUACAAUGCUUCAAUCAUAUGGGGAGUGAUCGGCCCAAAGAAAAUGUUUACCAAGGAGGGCGUAUACCCGGAGGUAAACUGGUUCUUUCUCGUUGGUCUAUUGGCUCCUGUCCCCGUCUGGCUUCUUUCGCGAAAAUAUCCAGAGAAGGAAUGGAUCAAGCUUAUCAACCUGCCACUUAUUCUGGGAGCAACAUCCAGCAUGCCACCUGCAAGAUCUAUAAACUAUAUUGCAUGGGGAGCGGUGGGAAUCUUCUUCAACUUCUACAUCUACAGAAGGUUCAAGGGAUGGUGGGCUAAGUACGCUUACAUCAUGGCAGCUGCGCUCAAUGCUGGGGUUGCAUUCAUGGCAAUACUCCUUUACUUCACUCUUCAGGGCAACGGGAUUGCAGGUCCACAAUGGUGGGGUCUUCAAACCGACGACUAUUGUCCCUUGGCUACAUGUCCAACCGAACCUGGUGUGAAAGUUGAAGGUUGUCCUGUUUUUUGA